AUGGGGUUCGCUCGUCGAUUGCAAAUGAGUGAAUUAAAAGGACCGGUAGGAAAAACUUGGUACGUUCCUCACGGACUAGUCGAACAGCCAAACAAACCAGGCAUGCCGCGACUAGUUUUCGAUGCCCGGAGCAAGUUCAACAACAUUUGCCUGAAUGAUGCCCUCCACAAUGGCCCACUGCUAAUGACCGAUAUGUUGGACACCCGAGGAUCAAACUGUGUUUCGGUUUUUCUGGCGACGCCCAGGAGACCCGGGCCCACCGAUCGCGCACCAAAUGUUGGUCCUCAUAUUCGGUGCAAGCCCUCUCCAACGUGUGCUGCUUACGUUUUACGCCACAUCGUCGAGGAUCACCCGGAAUAUGCUGACGUGGCUGAGCUUAUAGCUAAAAAAUUCUACGUGGACAACUAUUUGGACUCGUUCAACACAAUAGAAGAAGGAAUAGCAACCUGCCGCAGGCUACGCGAGUUGCUGUUCCUGGGAGGUUUUGUCCUCGGCCAGAUGGCGACCUCGGCCAGAGAGAUUCUUCAGUCGCUACCAGCUACCGAGCGCGCCAAUCCGGAUCUCAACAUAGACCUGGACGCCCUCCCGGUUCAUCGAACCCUCGGACUGGAAUGGAACGGCGAAGGAGACCAUUUCUUCUUCACCCUCGUCAUACCGACAGCGAUAACGAAAAGACAAGUCCUGUCCGCCGUAUCCGCGAUCUACGGCCCGAUGGGAUUUCUGGCGGCAGUUACAAUAACCGCCAAAGUAUUGCUACAAGAUGCAUGGCGCGUAGGUCACGACGUACAGCCCGACGGACGGCGUCCGAAGAAAUUGGGGUGGGACCACCCGCUACCGCCGAACUUGCAAGAGCGGUGGGACUGCUUCGUAAGGAGCCUGGAAAGCCUUCGGGAACUUCGGGUGCCACGUUGUCUCCGCCCAACCUCGUUUCCUGCAAACGACACGACAAUCACACUUCACCUCUUCUGUGAUGCCUCGUUAUUCGCCCUGGGAGCCAGCUUGUUCCAACGAAGUGAGUGUCGCGGAAUAAUCGCUCUUCGCCUGGUCGCAGCCCGAUCAAGAGUGGCCCCGGUAAAACAACAAACAUUGACUCGGUUGGAGCUAAUGGCCGCGCUGCUAGGAGCACGGCUCCUCAAACGGUAUCUUCAGCUACUACAGCUUCCCUGCUGGUCGCAUUGGUGUUGGUCAGACUCCGAUAACGUUCUCUACUGGCUGCGUUCGAAGGCUACGCUAUACGCCCAGUUCAUCAGCAGCCGCAAAGAACAGAUAUUGUCCGUCUCACCUGCGUCCAGGUGGCGUCAUGUUCCCUCAGAACUAAACCCCGCCGACGACCUAAGCCGAGGAAUAGAAGCGAGCGAGCUGACGGAAGGCCACCAAAGCCUAGCAGGACCUGCCUUUCUGCUAAUGGGAGAAGAGGAGUGGCCACAAAGGUUCGGAGGAGGAGCGGUGCAGCCGGAAGCCCUGGAAAUCGUAAGACCAGUUGCUGUGUGUGAGGAGGUGAGGGUGAAUGCCGUGGUGGCGACAGAAGCAGGAGCUUCCAGUCUUCCCCCUCCGACGAUCGGCAAUAUAAUCGAGUCCAGCACCACACUCUCCGCUCUUAAGCGAUCCGUCGCCGGGUUGAAUGCUGCCCCGGGCGAGGAGUUAACGCCGUCAUUGUUGCGGGCUGGUCUAGAUUGCUGCAUAAAAAUGGCCCAAAAGUCAGCGUAUGCCAGCGAGAUCAAUGCGUUGGCCAAAGGCAACCAAAUCGGACGCGAUUCACCGCUUCACAAACUCUCUCCAUUUCUUGAUCCAGAUGGUUUGUUGUGA